GAAGACGCCCUUUGUCCAGCACUUGACUUUCGACUUUGACCAAGUCUUCGACGGACAGGUCCAUAGCGAGGAUGUCUAUCGGCGAGCAGCGGAGCAGCUGGUACGCCGCAGCCGCGUGGGCGGCGUGGGCACGAUGUUCAUGUUCGGGCAGACAGGCAGCGGCAAGACGCACACGAUGACUGCCAUCCAG